AUGGCAUAUAUUUGCUCUCGCUGUAUUAGAUGCUUUUCAACCGUGCGAGCUCUUAGCCAGCACGAACAGAAUUCACCGGCACACAUGAUAACAUUCGACUGCGACCUUUGCAACCGAUCGUUCUCAAGCGAGAAAGCUCUUCGCCAACACGAAGAGAACUCACCAGCACAUAUCCCUUCAUACAAUUGCGACCUCUGUGACCGUUCCUUCUCGAGCGAGCGCGCACUCUCUCAGCACGAGCAAGACGCACCCGCACAUGCGCCAUCUUACGACUGCGACCUCUGCAACCGUUCUUUCUCCAGUAAGCGGGCUCUUCAACAACAUAAAGAGGAUUCUCCGGAUCAUGCUCCUUCGUACGUUUGCGGCCUCUGCGACCUUUUCUUUUCAAGCGAGUCGGCGCUUGCGCAGCAUGAGCGAGACUCACCUGCACAUGCACCUUCGCAUGACUGCGACCUCUGCAGCCGUUCGUUCUCAAGCCGAUAG